AUGAUUCUCGACUCACGACUGAUUUUUACCGGAAUUUACGAUUCACCUUCUCAUCCCAAAAAGGCUACUUGCAAAGGCGUCAGGCCUUUUGCAUUUUUCCAAUUUCAAGUUACGACUCAUUCGACAUCUCACCAUAUGCAAUCUGAUUUCUUUUCGCAUUCUGAGCACCUCAUUUCUACCUACAGCUCCGGUCAUUUGACGAUUUUUCCCACUCCACCUCACAACUCUGCCUUGUUCGAUCUAGAGCAUCUAUUCUUGUCUUCGGGAAAGUCUCUAUCGCGGCAAGGCAACAUUGUCUCCCACAUUGUCUCCCAAUCACUUAUUCUACCCCCUGAUAUGCCCUCGUACUCUUUUAGGUCUACUCGUCUAUUCUCCCUUAUUGGUUUGCCGGAGUUUGGCUCUCGUAACCAUUCACACACGGACAUUGGCGGGAGAAAGGGCGACCGAGGUCGUAGACGGGCAAGGGUUACAUAG